GACUUACACAAUCAAGUUUCGAUUACCCUCUUCUGAGAGAUUCCGGAUCUUUGUCCGUGGACUUCUGUCUAUAAGUGUGGAGAAUGGCGGAUGGCGAUUCUCAGUUCAAACUGGCUCUCGUAGAAUCAUUCUCCUCGUUGAGAAGAAGGCCUUUGGGCUGCCCAGAGAGAGAAGAAGAAGGAGUCGGAGACCAGUCAUGAGUCCCUGCAGCAUGUCGGCCGCCGCACUCAUGUGCCUGACGGUGCUGCUCGUCUUCUCGAGCGCAGCCGUCUCUGCACAACCGAUCGAUAUCGACGUCGAGUUGGACGAUGUCAUGGACUACAACUCGACGGACCUCGUGGACCCGAAGGAUCUCGAGACUUCUGACCCCGAAUUCACAGUCACUCUGCUGAACGACGAUCUGGAAGGCACAGCGACGAGCACGAGCUCGAGCCCCGUGUUCGACCUCCUCAAAGUCUCCGACUUUUCCCUCGAGACUAACACGUCGGACAAUGCUCUAGAACUCGCGGCCAAGAAGAAGCCAUCGCGAUGUGGCAAAGGGAAUCCCAUGGACGACUGCUGGCAAUGUGACUCCCAGUGGCACAAGCAUCGACAGAACCUUGCAUUCUGCGCCAUAGGAUAUGGCAGAAACGCCAUCGGGGGUCUCAAUGGAGCGACAUACAUCGUGACCGACCCUGGAAAUGAUAAUCCCACGGACCCACGUCCUGGCACUCUUCGAUGGGCCGUCGUCCAGGAGAGGCCGAUGUGGAUCAUCUUCGCUCGAGACAUGACGAUUCGAUUGAAGCAGGAGCUUAUCAUGACGAGCUACAAAACGAUCGACGGGCGUGGAGUCAAUGUCCACAUCGCCUACGGCGCCUGCAUCACUCUGCAGCGAGUGCACCAUAUCAUCAUUCACGGAGUCCACAUUCACGAUUGCAAAUCCACGGGCCCUGCGAGAGUUCGCAGCUCCGAGUCUCACGUGGGCAAGCGCGGGAAGACGGACGGCGACGGCAUCAGCAUUAUGUCGUCCAGCAACAUCUGGAUCGACCACAACUCCUUCUCCAAAUGCACCGACGGCCUCAUCGACGCCAUUCAUGGCUCCGAUCUGAUCACCAUCUCCAACAACUACUUCAGCAACCACGACAAAGUCAUGCUGUUCGGUGCCAGCGACGGCGACGGCAGCGAGGACAAGAUCAUGCAGAUCACCGUCGCCAUGAACUACUUCGGCCCCAAGCUCUGUCAACGAAUGCCGCGAUGUCGCUUUGGAACAUUUCACGUCUUCAACAACUUCUACUCCGGCUGGACUCAGUAUGCAAUCGGCGGGAGCUCGAGCCCCACGGUCAACAGCGAGGGGAACUAUUUCAAGGCCUCGAGAGUGAAGCGGGCGAUCAAGCAUCUCGGCAAGGGCAAUGGCAACUGGCGGACGUAUGGAGAUAAAUUCGUCAACGGUGCGUAUUUCAGCCGAGCGGGAGCUCAAGUGAGUUCAUCUGUGUACAACGCAGCGAAGUCUUUCAGUGCCAGGCCUGCGUACAUGGUGCCUCGAUUGACUGCCGGCGCUGGACCCACGGGACGGUCGGUCUGAGGUUCCAUCGAGUCACAGUGUCGAGAGAACUCUCUGCGACCGGAAGCUUCGUUCGUUUUCUGAUCAUGCUGAUGUGAAGAUUCAGCGACAACUUACAUUUAGACAGUUCUUUGGACCUGUCAGAUGUGCAACCUGGAAUCUUGUGCGGAUUCUGAUGAGUUGAAUAGCCGUAGACUGAGAUCUGUCUACAGCACGUGUAUAUCCCGACAGUAGCAGAUUUAGUGCAAUCACAGGCACACCAGAGCUGGCCUUCGGCACCGAUGUCGGCCGGGUGCAUUUGAGCGCUUUAUCGUCAUUCCAGAGUUUCCGAGAGACUUUAGCAUUUUCUAUUUCCGAUCUCUCUUGGAGAUCGGAGUGGAACCUUGCAACUGUAAACAAUAAUAAGAAACAUACAAUGUCUCUCCAUCUCGAUCCUUAUUGUUGGCC